UCUAGUUCCCUGCUUCAGAUAGUGGAUACCAGCAAUAAGGUUAAUUUGUUAUUAUAAGAGUCAUGUGAACAGCAGAGGAAGAAAAAAAAGUAACACAUUGAAAAUUAAAUGAAAACAGAAAGUUGACUAUUUUUGGAGGAACAAAUAUAUGUUGGCAAGAUUCAGUUGGGACAAUAGAUGUAAUAAUGGAACAUUCUUUAAAGGAUCUAAACACAUGAUACCGCUAUAGCCUGAAAAUGAGACCGGCAGUCAUUGCCAGCGUUGCCCGGAACCGUAAACAAGGGGCAAAACGUAUCCGGUUGAUGUCUCCGCAGUUUUCAGGAAGGAGAUUUAUUGUGAUGAUAUUUGUUGGAACAUUAAUUUUUGCACCCGGUGUUGCAAUGACAAUAUUAGGCAUAAAUAAUGAUGAAGAUAUUGAUAAUUUGUCUCCAGCACAUGGCGUGCUAUAUAAAGUAAUUGGUCCUGCAGCUUGUGGUAUAGGAAUAUGUGUCUUAAUUGCAGCUGUUAUGUAUUAUUUUUGUUAUGGUUUGGCAAAUACUACAAGGCCUCGUCAUCAAUCGACAACUUCCUCUGGAAGUCAUCAUAAUCGUCAAUCGUCCCAUUCCAGUAGUCACAGCCAUAGUCAUAGCCACCCACAACAGGAUGCCUUAAUAGAAAACGAGAAACAACACCGACAUAAACAACAUCGUCAUCAUCAUAGUAAACAAAAAAAAGUGACGCAGGAAGAAACCAAUGAAUGUUGAAAUUCAGACCUAUGAAAAAUGUUGUAAAACCAAUAGAUGAAUUCAAACAUUUUGACGUAAACAACGAUGAACUAUAUUUGAAGAAGGAAAAAAAACCAUGUGAAUACUAUUGCAUAACCGAGUUGUAUGUUUUAACACUAAGGAUUUAAGUUCAUCCAAAUUUUAUAUGAAUUCAACCGCCAUGGACUAUUUGCAAAAGGAUAUUAUGUCAGAGAUGUGUGUCAAUCUCAGGAUAUCUGCAAAUGGCGUGAAAUUUGUAGUGAGAAAAGUUUAUGUGACUUUACUAUUAUAAGAGCUCAAAUUUAAUCAUUUCACUUUGGUUGUGUUGAAGAAAGAUGACAGACCGUUUUUUCUUAUGUUUUUCUUAUGUUUACAUUGGUGUAAAACAGUUUAAUGACUGUUUUAAAUAUUUUCUUUAUUGUUUGUGGAGCUUUUGUCAAAAACCUGUAAAUAUAUCAAAAUCAACAACAGCUCAUAGAUUCCCCUAAUGUAAUUUGAUUGUAUGGUGAAAUUUACAGAAGUUGUUAGACUGUAUUGAUGUUCAGAGUGAAAGUUAUUUUUAUAAGGUUGAUUGAAAAUUUGAUAUUUGAGUGUUGUGUAAUUAGUUAAUUUUUGUAAAAUAUAAAUAUCAAUUA